AUGUCUAUUAAUGCUGAUGUUGCUGAACUACCACAAUCCCAAGAUGAGCAAUACAAGUAUGCAAGUAGCGUCAUCCAUAGUGGUGUUCCUGGCACUGUAAUGCCUCCCAUAAUUUCAGUCACUGACACAUCCACAGCUCCACUUCUAACUCCAUCACACAUGACUGAAGGAAGGAUCUCAUCUGUUCGUCGGACAUUUUGUUUGUUUGUCCUGUUUGAUCUUAUUCUGAUAUUUAUUCUCUGGGUCAUCUACACACAGUUGAUUGGUGAGGCUGGCUUCCAUGCUUUUGAAACACAAGUACGGCAGUAUAGUUUCCAGACAUCGCUGUUUGAUACUGUGAUGCUGUCUGCGGUGCGGUUUACCCUGUUGAUAUUAGCCUAUGCUUUGUUUCGGAUUAAUCAUUGGUGGACAGUGGCGUUGUGCACAGCCAUGAGCUGUGCUGUUCUCAUAGCCAAGAUCUUUCUGUUUGAUUUUCAAGGCACGAGGAGCAGCAGCAAUCCCCUCAGCUACUGCCUCAUCAUCAUCUCCUUUGUGCUGGCCUGGCUGGAGGCCUGGUUUCUGGACUUCAAAGUGCUGCCUCAGGAGAAGAAGCAACUGGAGCGAAUAGCUCACAGCCACAAUAGGGACUAUGGCUCAACGUUGAUUAGUCCCCGGGUACAUUUCCCACCGGGGGACGAUAUUCAGUCGGUCAUCACAGAGGACAACCAGUAUUACUCUCCACUCGAUUCACCUGAAGGUUCUGACAAUGAAAACGAAGCUGGCGCAGCCCGUUCACUGGCUAGUCAGGACAAUGACUAUGUGAAAGUUGCCAGACAUUCGUGGGAUGUGCUAUGGAUAUACGUGAAUAGUCCAGAGACAGACUGGAAACUGGAGUCAGACUCAGUGGAAACUGGAGGAAUAAUUCACAGUCGGAGGAUUAAAGGAGUUGGAAAAGUUUACCGGCUGAAGGCAGUAGUCAACAUGCCUCCCAAGGACCUCUUUGAGGAGUUGAUGUUUAAACCAGAGGAACAUCAUCUUUGGAAUUCGUCUAUUCAGACAUCAAAGGUCCUACAGGUGGUCGACAGCCACACAGACAUCGUCUACAACGUCUCUGCAGAGAUUGGUGGGGGUGUCAUAGCCAACCGGGACUUUGUCAGUAUACGAACCUGGGGCUGUCAGAAUGGGGUCUUCAUGGGGUCAGGAAUGGCAGUCACCCAUCCCAGCAUGCCACCUCAGAAAAAUGUGGUUAGAGGCACAAAUGGAGUUGGGGGCUGGGUGUUCAAGCCAUUUCCUGGAGAUGGCAGACGCACUUUGUUUUUUUGGUACAUGAACACAGACAUCAAGGGCUGGUUCCCACAGAAGUUGGUUGAUGCCAACAUGGUGAAAGUGAUUGAGGACUUCUGCAAAGAUCUGCAUGCUCAUGUACAAAGAAUAAGUACCUAG